GAGAUCACAUGACUAUGGGAUAUUGCAACCGUCAUAAAUGUACUACAUUGUCCACUAGUUGUGAUUUAGAGGAUUGAUUUGAACCUAUUGUCCACUUGGUUAAAACUGCUCAUUUCAACUUGGAAUCUAAUUUGAAUUUGGAAAAAAAUUGAAUCCAACAUAUAUCAGGAAUUGCUACUAAUCUUGACAUUGUCUUCUUUCAAAAGUGUUUGGCUGGCAUUUGCAAUCUUCAGACCAGAUCUUCUAGGCAUCAUGCUGGCACUUCGCUAAGAAGCUGGCUAGGUGUCAUCACUCUUCCUUCUGGCCUGGUCAUCUGUCUCACCUUUUAAACCUGUUUUUGUUGUAACUUCCAGAGGAGUUUUACUUUUAGAUAUUCCCUAUAGUCCAAGCACACAUUCAUCUAUUGUUGGAUUAAACCCUUUGGUGAUAUCAUAUUGAAAAUUAGGGGGGUUAGGAGGAUUAUAUCAUGUUAAGACUUGUUUUGAUCAUUUGAAGACAAUGGACAGCAGUCAAAAGGAUAGGAUGACAAAUGCAGUGAAAAACAGAAAAAUGUGUAUUUUCAGCAAUGCAGCUUAUGUGCCAAAUGGGCUUGAGCUGUUACUGCAGUCACAGCUUGCUUGGAGAAAAGCCCACUAGAACUUUUUUAAUGCAAAAAUAAGCACAGCGGGAGUGGUUUGCAGCAGAAAUUGGCCUAGCAGUUGGCUUGUCUUUUCAUUUGCUAUUGUACUUGACAAAUAAGGAAUUUGUUUUUGACCUAUUCUCAUACCCAAAUUCUGUGUUAAAAGAAUGCUAUUUAUAUAGUCAUUGAAAUUGGGGGUUGGCAAAUGUAUUUUCAGAAAUUGCCUUUUCAUUUGAAGGUGUUCGAUGAGCUAAUUUAUGCGUGGCAUGAGCUCCCUUGAAAAUGUUGCCCUGACUGGAUGGAAAAACAAACACAAAUUUCUUUAAAAGUUUGCUGCUAGGAGUAUCUAAGUCGCCAAAAUGAUACGUGCUUUUCAUCUAGAAGAGCUAGCAUCAUUUGUUCACGGAUGUAGUAAGUGGUAUAAAGUUGUUACCCAGGCUGCUGGUGCUUUCAUGACUCGUGGGAUUCUAUCGAUUGUUAUUGAAAAAAAACUUCGCGCGGAAAGAGCGAUUCAGAAUUAUUCUCGUCAAGUUGCUAUUGCCAGUUUGAGCAUUAUUGGAUCCCAUCUUCACAUUGCCCCACAAUCUCGUUUCAGUGAUUUGGAUUUGGAAAAAUUGGUUAGAUCGAUAUUUGCUGAGCCAGUUGACCCAGCCAUCUUAAGAAACGAUACUCAGCUUGAACAAAAUUCAUUCCUAUUUGGUCCAGAUGCAGCCCUGAUUGUGCCUAACGCUCAGGGCAAUUUUGUUUUCAGUGCUGAACGAUUUGCUGCUUGGAUGGGACAAGUUUUUGACGCCAACAAUCCUGUGCGCUCCCAAAGCAAUUGUCCUCAGGGUGUACCUGCGGCGGCUAAACCUGCACCUGUAGCUGGCGAAAUCCAUCCUUGGUUGUUCGGAGGGCUUCUUAAUGUGAACCUUGCUGAUGGAACUGACAAUACAGCUAUUGUUCAAGAUAAUCCUCUCUGGUCUUUUGAACUACUGGCUCGGGUUAUGGUAAUGUCACCCCAAUUUAGAGAAAAAAUAUUAGCAAAUUUGACCACAGCUGUAUUAAUAAUAACCUGUGCAGGGAGUAUUACUCCAGCUAAACUGAACAAAACUCUUAGACAAAUCCGUCGAGAGACAGGAUCUCAGGAUAUUGAAGUAGACCAAGAUGCUGUGAUUAAUGGUUUCUAUUGUCUUCGUGCCAUUUGGGAUGGGCAGACCACUGGACAAAACUUUGAAGAGAUGUUUACUAAUCUUAAAGCAGAAGUUACUAAAAUCUCAUUGACGCUUGGGACUAUGGUUGAAGAAACAAGAAACAAAAUGCUUACUGGAAUAGUAACUGUUAAUCAAGCAAUUAGAACAUAUGAAGAUUUUCCCUGGACAGAGCUAAAUGAAGAAAUAAAAGCAGUUACAACAAAAGACGAGAUGGCAGUAGCAGCUGCAUUUGGAGAUACUGUUAACAAUUGCCAUUGGAUUGGAUGGACUUAUGUUUUUAAUACUGCACGGCCAGAACAUACAAAUAAACAAUUUCCAAACAUUCUUUACACUGCCAUUCAACUUCAAAUUUUGGCAGGAGGAGUUCAGUCUCUUAAACGAUAUGAGGGAUUGAAAAAUAUUACGAUAGAACUAAGGCCUUUUAUUAAUGGAUUGGUUGCUCAAUAUGCUCAAAUUCGCCAGGCUGGUGUUAAUUAUUCUGUUCAACCAGGUGCAGCAUCCAGUGUGGUUGAUCAUAUGAGGCAACUUGACUUGACUUGAACAUGAUCUCAUAUGCAAUUCUAUUUACAGAAGGAUAACCUGUUCCAUGUAUAUCCUGAAAAACUUUGUGCCUUAGGUGGCACUAGAAUUCAUCAUCUCCUUGAUUUUAGCCUGCUGCCUUUAGCCAUUAAACCAACUGAUUUUUGUUACAAUUACUAGCAUCUUGGAUCUAAAUGUUAAGAAUAAAAAUAGUCAUUUUUCAGGCAAGCUGGACUCUUCAGAAUUUCUGUGGGAUAUCCAUGAAAAGCCUACUUUUUAUGGGCAGAGAAUAGAAGUGGUUUGCUAUGGUCUUCUUCGAUAAUUCUCCAGUCCCAGAUGGUCCACCAUCCAGCUGCUCAUCCUGACUCUGGUUUUCUAGAUGAGCCAAGACAAAAACAUUGAAAUAUAUUUAGAGAUACAAUAUCAAAAAGAGUUGUCAGAAAUGUACUUAAUUUAUUAAAUUUGUAUGCCACUCAUCUCCCUUUCCAUAGCAACUUUGAGUGGCUUAUAAUAUCAUAAAUUCAGAAAAUAAUAGGACAUAGAUAAGAAACUGUACACCAAGAGUACCACAGUAUGGUGAUGGAAUCUCCUCUAUCCCUCCAGCAGCCUUCUCCAGCAUAGAGUGCCUUCAUUGGAGCUCCAAGCCAACUGGUAGAGGCAAGUUUUAAGGCUCUUGAGUAAGGUCAAAAGUGGGGGCAGAUCACACCUCCAGAAGCAAAGUCCUCCAAAGGAUUGUGGCCACAGCAGAAAAGGUUCUACUAAGCUGAAAUUCCUUUAUGGAGGAGAGUCUUCACAAUACUGAAACCUAUGGUUUUAGAGAAAUUUAAUUGUUCAAACUGCUUUCACUAUCUUGAAAUGAGUUUACCUGCUAGAAUAACAAGCACCUGAAAUUUAUAAUGACAAAUUAUAAUAAUGCUUUCAAAAAUCAAAAUGGCUUCCUCCUGUAAUAUGUAUCGUAAGUCUCUGAAAUCGCUUCUGUUUAAAAGCAAAUCUAAAACUGGCUGAUGUUGAAGUUGGACAGUGCUAUUUAAUUUUUAAAUGUUCAGCUCAAGACAUUUAAAAUUCCACAACCACAAUUUUUUGUUCUAGUAAACAGUUGUGUAAUCUCAAGAUGAUAUUCAAAAGCAGGAAACAACAGUUGGACUCAAUUUGCAAUCUGAGGAAUUGGAAUCUGAUCUGUUGCCAUUAGAUAUGAAAAAGAAACUAUGGUUUGAAAAAUAUAGAUCUGCCAGAAAUGAUUGAAAAGAAUAUGAAUAUAAGAAAUUCUGAGACAAUGGAUAUAAUGAAGGAUGGACUGGACUCUCUGGCAAGAUGACUGUUGUAUUCUCAAAAAGAAUUAUUCAAUAACAUAUGUUGCAAAGACACUUACAAUAGAGUCUUAUGAACUUUGGAAAUAAAAUGCAAUUGUUGGGAAAGUUCCCAAUUAAAAACCUAAGGAAAGGUUUCAUUAUUAAGACCCAAAUCAGGGCAUUUGACCAAAUACUCUGGUAUUUGACUCAGAGAUAAUGGCCGGGGUGAUUCUGUUCUACAAGUAAAUUAUAAUAACAGACUGUUAACAGAAUGCUUUGAGCUUCAAGUUUGCUUUUGUUUGACUUGUUAACUAUUUUUUUCCUUCAUAUGCAUCAGGGGUGUCAAACUCAAUUUUAUUGAGGAC